GAGCCGUUAAAGCAGACAAUUGCAGAGAAUUAAAUUGUUACAGAAGUGUGUAACAUUAGAAAUUUCAGAAAAUAAGAAAUGAUUGAAUCGGUCCAGCCUCCCUGUAUCAAUGAUGUUAUGCUGCCCUCUGGUGGACAAACUGAACAUUACAACAAUUCAUACAGCCUGUUUUUGGAGAUCACUUCAAUUCUUCUAGCGUUUAAAGUUCAUUAUCUAACGUUGACCGACACAUUUAGCAAAAUUACUUGUUUAAGCGUUUCGGCCCAUAGAUGACGUCAUACUUCCUUGCCACAGAAUUGCAUUAGUUGAAGAGCUAAAAGUGGCUAACCGGUCAGUGACAAGUGUCUCUGAUGUUCAGUUGCUUCUUCUUUGUUUAUACAUCAACUACCGCUGGUUAUAAUGGUUAUAAUAUCAUAUAACCAGAGGCUGCAGUUAUGACUACAGGCACACGGCGGCAGCAGAACUACCCGAUGUCCUAAAACGUUGAAGAAAAGAAGAAGCUUGUUUACAUGUGUGAGGUGGAGCCGGAUGUGACGUUGUUUGUGUACAGCAGCUGAUCGCAGCAGGUCAUAAUAGUGUCUGUUUUUUUUAUUCCUUUAACUGUAAAAACGGUGGCUGCCCAGCUGUCGACCAUCUACUGCCCGAGGUUGCGGUGUUUGCGACGGACACCGAUGUCUCGCGCCUUCCUCGUAUUUCAUCCAGGAACACCAGUGGGCCCCCUGCAAUGCUAAGCUAAGUGGCUAGCUGUCACCGUCAGCAGAAGCCAACAGCGCCGGACGACAGAGACGAAGCUCCGAGGCACCAUGACGGUGUGACACAACCUCAGAGCGGCUCCUCCGGCUCCUCCGGCUCCUCUGCUCCUGCUGGGCGCUCUUUAAUCCGCUGCAGGAUGUGGCUCAAACUAUUCUUCCUGCUGCUCUACUUUAUGGUGCUGUUCACGCUGGCCCGGAUCUUCGAGACUGUGGUCUGGUACGAGACUGGCGUGUUCGCCACUCAGCUGGUGGAUCCUGUAACUCUGAGCUUCGAGAGGCUGAGGACCAUCCUGGAGUGUCGGGGCCUGGGCUACUCUGGCCUGGCAGAGAAGAAGGACGUGAGCGAACUAGUGGAGAGAUCAGGAGAGCUGACACACGGAGAGCUGUACUCAGCCAUCAAGAAGGAGAAGGAGCGGACGGAGGCAGGAGGUUCCAGCAACACACACUUCAGUGGAGAGAUGCACUUCUACGAACUGGUGGAAGACACUAAAGACGGGAUCUGGCUGGUUCAGGUCAUCGCCCAGAACCGCCAGGCUCUGCUGCCCGAGUCCAGCUGGGGCAAGAUGGUGCAGAAGGUUUCUCAGUUUGGGAUUCGAACUGGAACCUUCAACUGCUCUCAUGAUUACAGGUCGUGUGUCAAGCGUGGUUGGCAGCGCUCCACUCUGGUCAUGUCCGUUCCUCAGACCUCGGCGUCGAAGGGUAAGGUCAUGCUGAAGGAAUACAACGGACGCCACGUAACCAUCGAACACAUUUUCCGCUGGAUGACCUCACAUGUGGCUCAUCGAAUCAAAACCCUGACUGAGUCUGAGCAGCUGGUGGAGGAGUGGCGGGCUGACCCCGCCCACCCAAUCAAGAUGUUUCUGUUCGCCCACCUUCCUCAGCCGCCCGCCUUCUUCUCCUCACUCUCCAUCAAGUUCACCGGCAGGAUCGACUUCAUCUUUGUGGACAUCCGUCACUGGGACAAUCACAGCAGCCUAUCAGAGAUCGGUGUGACGCAGAGCCCCGCCUACAUCCUGAAGAUGCCUGAAGGAAUCUAUCGCUAUGGAAACAGUACCGGGGAGUUUCUUUCUCUUGCUGCCCUGGACACAUUCCUACGUUCUGUCCAGCCUGAGGUCAACGACCUCUUUGUCCUGAGUCUGGUCCUCAUCAACCUCCUGGCCUGGAUGGAUCUCUUCAUCACUCAGGGAGCAACAGUGAAAAGGUUUGUGGUUCUAAUCCGCACACUGGGAACCUACAACUCCAUCCUGCUGGUGUCCUGGCUCCCUGUUCUGGCUCUGCUCCAGCUGCCGUACCUGGACACGCUGUACCGUUACAGUCUGAAGCUGCUACGAUAUGCCGACACCACCACACUGGCCAGUCUGGUCCGGGCUGACUGGACCUUCUACUCGUCCCAUCCCGCUCUCUUCCUGUCCACCUACUUGGCCCACGGCCUGCUGGUUGACUACUUUGAAAAGAAGCGCCGUUGUGGGGUCAGAGGUCGUGAGGACAGCACCACUAACCUGGAGUGGCUGGCCAGUCUGUGGGACUGGUACGCGUCCUACCUGUUCCAUCCCAUCGCAUCACUGCAACAGGUCCCCUCCAACCAGUCAGACUGGGAGGAUGAUCCCAGCUUCUUCUUUGAGCAUUUGGCCUUCCCCGAUCUCUGGCUCCGCCCACUAGUGAACGUGGACUACAUUAAAGCUCUGCCCACCUGGAGGUUUAGGUCCGUAGGCCGGCGCAGGGGCAGCGGGUCCGGUGAAGAGCGGCGCAGCGGCUCAGAAAGUUCACAGUCAGACAGAGAGAAUUCCCCUUGUGCAGGCUUUCACACAUGUGCACCUGACAGAAUGUACCAGCAGGGGUCAGCAUGCAGUCAGGACCACAGCAGCCCGACGUGUGGCGCCCAGCCCGACUGUUUGGACCCUGACAACAGCCACAAGUGUGUGUGUGGCCCAGCACCAGAAGACACUAGCUGUGACUGGUCCUCGUGGCCCCGUGGAGUGUUGCACUGCUCCGAGUGUGUGGUGUGUCUGGAGAACUUCAUGAGUCAGGAGCUGCUGAUGGGGCUGCCCUGUGGCCACGCCUUCCACCAGCAGUGCAUCGUGGUGUGGCUGGCCGCAGGAAGACACUGCUGCCCCGUCUGUCGCUGGCCCAGCUACAAGAAGAAGAAGCAGCAGCAGGACUGACAGACGGACAGACAGGACCGACCCAGUGACUCCUCCCUCCCACCAGGGUGUGUCUGUCAUCAUCACUCCUUCCCCUAGAGCCGUCACAGGACCAGGGAGAGGAGGAGGAGGAGGACCAGAGCAGGCCUGCUCCCCUUUCCCGCUCAGACAGUGUUCAGCCAUUAUUGCACACACACACACACACAGCCUGGUUUAUUGAAGACAGGACACACUCAUACACACAUAGCUAAACUAGUUGUGCAAUAAAAUCCUGUGGUUGUUUGUGUGUUGACAGAAAGUUACUGACAGAGUGGAGCGACAGACACAGGAAGUCACUCUGCACCAAAACACUAGUGUAGAAAAAACCCUAAUCAUAAAAACAUCAGCGUCACUCGUCAUUGAUACAUUGUUUCCCUGGUGACUUUAAAACUAUGGCCCCCGGUCAGAAAA